AUGCCAAAAUAUUUAUUUAUCGAUUUUAUGAUGUUGAUUUCUACUGUUCUCCGUUUCAGGCAUCAGAUUGAUAAUUUCAAUCGCGUUCAUUACGAAAAAAAAAAAAAAAAUCCAAAGUGUAAAAAAAGACCAAGGUUCUUCUUGAACAUAUCUGUGAUAGCCAUGGGUUCUUUUAGGAUAAAGGUCCCCGCAUCCUCUGCAAAUAUUGGCCCAGGAUUUGACGUCUUGGGUGUAGGCUUGAAUUUAUAUUUGGAAAUAUUUGUCAAAGUUGAUCCAUCACUCGAUACAUCGAACGAAGAAUAUAAUGUCAAAAUUUCUUACGAAGGCGACAACCAGGGAUUUGUAUCCUUGAGGGCCUCAAAAAAUCUCAUAUCCUCAACGGCCUUAUAUAUCUUGAGGUGUAAUGGAAUACACUCAUUUCCAAAUGGAACUGAAAUUAAGGUUAUUAAUCCUAUACCCUUAGGAAGGGGACUAGGGUCAUCAGCCUCGGCUAUUGUUGGAGGUAUAAUAUUGGGAAAUGAAAUUGGAAAUCUUAAAUUAUCUAAAAGGAGAUUAUUAGAUUACUGCUUGAUGAUUGAAAGGCAUCCUGAUAAUAUUUCUGCUGCAAUGUUAGGUGGAUUUGUAGGGUCUUACUUAAACGAGUUAUCGGAUGAAGAGAGUAAAGCAAAGAAUGUCCCAUUAGACUUUAUUUUGCCAAGGGAAGACACUCCUAAGGGUAAAAUUGUUUCUCAACAGCCGCCUGUUGGCAUAUGCGAAUACUUACAAUAUGAAUGGGCAAUAGAGAUCAAAUGCGUAGCAGUGAUUCCAGAGUUUGAAGUUUCUACUCACGCUGCGAGGGAGGUGCUACCCUCUUCUUACUCAAGAGAUGAUAUUGUUUUUAACUUACAGAGACUAGCAAUUCUUACAUCUGCGUUAACUCAAUCACCUCCAAAUAAUAAUUUUAUUUAUGAAGCGAUGCGGGACAAGAUCCACCAGCCAUAUAGAUCUACACUUAUACCAGGGUUACAGGAAGUCUUAAACUGUGUUACUCCCAAGUCAGAUCCUGGUCUUUGUGGCAUUUGUUUGUCUGGAGCGGGCCCAACUAUAUUAUGCUUAGCGACCAAAGACUUCGAAUCUAUCGCCCAAAAAGUCAUUAAUAUCUUCAAAAAGGCGAAUGUUAAGUGCAGCUGGAAAUUAUUGACAGUUGCAAAAGACGGUGCAACAGUUGAUUACUUAGAUUAA